AUGGCGGCGAGUCCGGCGUACGUCGACGUCUGCGACUCGCUCCACGUCAGCUGGGACAUUGCGACCGUCGUGCCGAUCGUGAGCACCAAGUGCUUUCCGCAGUCGUGCGUCCUCGCGCAGCUCUCGCAGUGCAUGGACAUCCCCGAGCCGACGUACAUGGCGAUCGGGUACGACUAUGUCGCGGAGCCGACGGACGGCUACAACGGGUACCGCCCGUCGAGCUACCAGCGCCCGUCCAGCUACGCCACGUACAACCAGUACUCGCGCGCGCUCAUGGCGAGUGCGUCGACAAGCUCGACGUACUUGGCCACCUUCGGCUUUGUCGCAGGUGUUGUCGUCGUUGUCGUCGCGCAGGUUGUUCUUCGCAAGCCGAAGGCGGCCGAGGCGACGUACAAACUCGUAUAG